UUAUGAGAACGCUCAUUCCGUAGAUACGAAACUACCAAAAUCCUCAACUCAAGCAGCUGCCGCCCCUUUAUAAGGACGUUCGGCGUUUCAUCAAAAGCCAAACAGAACAUCAAUCAGAGCCUCCGUUCCAACGUAGCCUUUAACGCCUUUUUGGUUUCUUUCGCUCUAAUUUCUGCAAGAAGGAAGCCGAGGGGCUACGAGUUUUGAAUCUUUCUGCAUUUUCUCGGCGUUCAAACGCAGCGUUUUUUGUUGUAUUAGUAGAUUAUAACGUCGUUUUGAUUUUGAGGCUUCGUGUGCUUGAGUGUUGAAUCUGAUUACUUGUCUGUUUGGCCGUUCAGAAAAUCGACAUGUUACAAUUUCUUUUUUUUUUUUGGGUGCAUUUUCUUGGCAUUCAGAGAUUGAAAAGGAUAUAAAUAUAAGUAGCGUGUCAAGUUCUCAUUGAUCAAGGCCAAAUUUUUUUUUUAAAAUUUUAAAUUCGUUAAUCUAGAAGCUUCAAUUUUUUUCUGUUUGGCUGGUAAGGAUAUCAAGGCAGAUGAAGUAUUUGUUGGAUAAGUAGCUCAGAGGGUAGCUUUGAUUCAGAUGCUUCGUGUAUCUGUUGGGCUGUUAAAAAAAUCGGAAUGUAACAAUUUCUAAAUUUUUUCUGCAUUUUCUUGGCAUCCGGCGAUUUUAAAAUAAAUUUAGGUUGCGUGUAAGUCAAAUUGGGUUGCGAAUAAUUUGAGCUUUGGAGUAAUUUAAGAAGUGAUUAAAUUAUCUGUGAGAUAGAUAAUGGAGGCUAAAGUGUUGCAAAAGUUACAGUAUCCCACACGGGUUGAUUUGGAUAAGUUUCAGAGAAAACCUACUGGUUCUGUGAAGUUUUCUCGGAGAAUGAGGGAAGCAAAGUGGGUUCAAGUGUUUAUAUCCGCUGAUAUGCAGCACGGUAUAACCUCAAACUGGAAGAGAUCUGUUGCCUUAGAGGUUCCCUGUACUUUCAAGAGCUUUCCAGCUUCAAUAUUGGAACCUGGUGAUUUUUAUGCUCCUCUUGAUGAAGCUUUAAUUUUGAAGAAUAAGUCCCAAGAGAUUGAGCCAUAUUUAGAUGGUCGUUGUAUAUAUCUUGUUGGAAUGAUGGGCUCUGGAAAAACCACUGUGGGCAAGGCUCUGUCUGGAAUGCUUGGUUAUUCUUUUUUUGACAGUGACUCCUUGAUAGAGCAGGCUGUGGGUGGAACUACUGUGGCUGACAUAUUUAAACUCUAUGGAGAGGGUUUUUUCAGAGAUAAAGAGACUGAGGUACUCCAGAAGCUAUCUAUAAUGCAUCGACUUGUUGUUUCUACCGGUGGAGGUGCAGUUACACGUACCAUCAACUGGGAAUAUAUGCAUAAGGGCGUUAGUGUCUUUUUGGAUGUACCUUUAGAAGCGUUGGCACGAAGAAUUGCAUCUGUGGGAACCAAUUCUCGCCCCCUUUUGCAUCAUGAAUCAGGCGAUGCAUACACAAGGGCUUUCAAGCGCUUAACAACUCUUUGGGAAGAGAGGUCUACAGCAUAUAACAAUGCCAAUGCUAGGGUUUGCUUGGAACAUAUUGCUGCCAAACUUGGUCACAAAGAUGUAUCCACUCUCACACCGGCUGUAAUUGCAAUGGAGGUACUUGAACAAAUUGAAUGUUUCCUUAAGGACGAGGGCGAGAUGCCAUUUUAGUUUUGACAAAGCUCCAAAUUCUGGUGCUUCAUAAUUCCUUCUUUGGCCAUAGCAUGGGUGACGUUCCUAAUUUUAGUAGCGGAACGUUGUUCAUCUCAUGCAUUUCCUUAAUGUUAAUGGGGUUCGAUGCAUGGUAAAACUAAUGUCAAUUUAGAUGCAAAUGCACAUAUCGAUAGGCAUAAUUUUACUCGUAACAUUCUCGUGUAUCGCAUUGAAUCAUAAAAUUGAAAACGUGAUGCCUGGUUUGAAGCUUCUCGGAGCACCAAGGUUCUAGUUCCACGGAGCACAAGAUUUUGCUUCCCUUCGCUUCUGAUAAUGUAAGCUGUAUUUAGUUUUAUCUAUGAAGUUUACCAUUGAUGUGUA